AUGGACACCACACUGCCUGUGGUACAUGAAGACUUCUCAUACACUAAAGAGUCUGUUCAGAAUGAAGAAAGUGAAGAAGUCACAGAAGAGAGAGUGAUGGUGGAAGAUAUUGGGAAAAGGAAAAGAAGCAAACCUGCCUGGAUGAAGGACUACAUUUGUGAUAUGGGAGAAGCAACUUCUGAAGCAUGUAGGUCGUUUUAUGCUGUGGAUGAAGUUCAGGAUCAAGUGUUCUCACCUCCUUUAUUAAUGGAUGCAGCCCUCUUAGGAGAUUCUUACGAGGAUUUGCUUG